CCCCCUCGCUCCGCAGCCUCCGCCUCGCCCCCCGCCCGCUCCCCGGCGCCGCCUCCCUCCCCUUCCCCGCCUCCCCAGGCGCAGAUGUGGCGCUGCCGCGGCCCGCCCCGUCGGUGCCGGUGGGGGUGGCCGAGGCAGACGCCGGGCAGAUCGCCUCCCGGAGGAGGAGGAGGAGGAGGUCGCUGCUCCCGCCGGUGAGAUCCCGCGCAGGGGAGCCGGGCGCGGACAAGACCAGGCCGGGGACCCCCAACCCGACCUGCGCCCGCCGCCGAGGGCGCGCACAAAGCCGCCUCCAGACGCCCCCGGCCCGGCCAAGGUUGACGAGCCCCUCGAAACAUCCUCCUCCCCCCUCCCCAAUUGACAAGAGUGGCCUUCUCCCUGGCCACUCGCCAUGCAUUCCCUUGAGGAGCCACUGGACCUCAAGCUGAGCAUCUCCAAGCUCCAGGCGGCACAAGCCAAGGGCGACCAGACCCUGGGCGGCUCCAGGCCCCGAUCCUUCCGCCAGGACUUCCGGAUCCGGGAGGACAGCAGCCCCGACUCGCCUCAUUCUCCACUUGACGGCCUCCAGUUGCACCCCAAAUGCCACGACAAGAGGGACACCCGCUUCUCCUCCACCCCCACCAUCGACCUGAGCCUCUCUCCGCCUCCUCCUCCCGGCUUGGACUCCCCCGGCGGGGGCCGCGCCUCACUCUCCCCCGACAGGCAGAGCGGCGGGGAGUUGGUGAGCUCCUCCGCCGUGCGGGACCUCCAGUCCCUGCGCUACAUCGAUGGCCUCCGCAGCUCCUUCCAGUUCUUCCUGCCCCUCAACUCGGGGGGUGCCUUGCACCUGCCUGCCUCAGCCUUCCUGGGGCCCCCCAAAGAGAAGCGCCUCUCCCCAGAGAUGCCCCUGCAGAAGCAGCUGGUGUGCCGGUGGUCAAAGUGCAACCAGCCCUUUGACCUGCUGCAAGACCUCGUGGACCACGUCAACGACUUCCACGUGAAGCCCGAGAAGGACGCCGGCUACUGCUGCCACUGGGAGGGCUGCGCUCGCCACGGAAGGGGCUUCAACGCCAGGUACAAGAUGCUGAUCCACAUCCGCACGCACACCAAUGAAAAGCCCCACCGCUGCCCCACCUGCAACAAGAGCUUCUCUCGGCUGGAAAACCUGAAGAUCCACAACCGCUCCCACACAGGCGAGAAGCCCUACAUCUGCCCCUACGAAGGCUGCAGCAAACGCUACUCCAACUCGAGCGACCGCUUCAAGCACACCCGCACGCACUACGUGGACAAGCCCUACUACUGCAAGAUGCCCGGCUGCCACAAGCGCUACACAGACCCCAGCUCCCUGCGCAAGCACAUCAAGGCGCACGGCCACUUCAUCUCGCACGAGCAGCAGGAGCUGCUGCAGCUGCAGCCGGCCUCCAAGCCCUCCCUGGCGGCCCCCGCGGACGUGCCUUACCUCAACGGGGCGCAGAUCAUCAUCCCCAACCCCGCUGCCCUCUUCGGCAGCCACGGCCUGCCCCUCCCGCUGGCCCCCGCCCCACUGGACCUCAGCGCCCUGGCCUGCGGGGGGCUGGCCGGCCUCCACAGCCCUGUCCUGGCGCCCCUCAACCUGGCCAAGAACCCCCUCCUCGCCUCGCCCUUCGCUGCCAGCAGCCUGGGGCUGCCCGUCGUCUCCUUGCUGGCGGGGGCCGCCUCCGCCAAGGCCCUGCCCGAGAGGAGCGUGGCCCGGCCCGGCAAAGGUGGCGGGGGCGGGCAGGGGCCGCCGCAGAGCUGCAAGGAAGCCAGCGGGAGGACUGAGCGGGGCCGGGGGGGCGCAGAGGGCCUCUCGCUGCUGCCUGCGGGGGGCGCCCUAGACCUCUCCACCGGCAUGAACUCGGCGGGCAGCUCGGACGGCCUGCCCCCCGGUUGGGUGGUCAUCCCCACAGGCUCCGUGUUGCUGAAGCAAGCCGUGGUGAACUGAAGGGGGGUGGCGACCCACACCAAGGACGGGGGAUGGGGGGAAUCUGGGACCAGCCGUGGCCAGCGGAGGACCCCAGGCAGCUCUGGAAGACCUGCCGCCGAAAGGUGCCCCCCUCUCUUCCCCCACCCACCAGACUCACACACACCCCAUCUCCCCCCCCACCCCGCUAUGGCUGCUGGGGCUGGCCAAUCCCCCGGCUUCCUGGACACCCACGACGGAGGAGCCUGGCUCUCCUGAACAAAGCAAUAAGCAGCAUUUCCCGGAGCAGCAGCCGUGACCCCCCCUUCUGCCCCCCCCAGCUACCUCCACACAGGCAUUGCGGGGUUGGCCUAGAGCAGUGUUCCCCAACCUUGGGCCUCCAGCUGUUUUUGGACUACAAUUCCCAUCAUCCUUGACCUCUGGUCUUGCUAGCGAGGGAUGAUGGGAGUUGUAGUCCAAAAACAGCUGGAGGCCCAAGGUUGGGGAACACUGGCCUAGAGGACCCUUUGGGGUCCCUUCAGCGGGACCAGGGCCUUCGCCCUCUGCAUACAGAAAAGGAGGGCGCUGGCUCUUUCUCUCUCCAUCUUAUGCCAGAGCGCCUCUUAGCGCCCCCCGACAUGCCGGCUUCUCUGCUGCCACCCCCUCCACACCCCCAGUCUACUGGCCUCCCCUCUGUGCCUGUUGGCUCGGGGGUCUUCCGCUUCCAGCAAUUGGCUGCUGUUCAGGGAAGGAGAGCCCCCCUCAGCUGAGAUUAGAGGUGCUGCCCCCCCCCGGGGUUGAGCUGCCUCCAUCUCUCUUACUGAACAAAAGCAGCCAGGUCUUUUCCUGGCUCAGCCCCCCACCCCCCGACUGACAAGGCACACCCAACGGCUGUGCCGCUCACCAGCCCUUCUUCUGCCUCCCCCACCCUCACUGACGUGGAGGAACUGAAAUAUUCACUUCCCCCUAUUAGCCGUUCCGGAUGUUUCAAAGCUGACCUGCAAAUCUCCCGGCCUGAGAUGGCUUUGCGUGGGGACAGCAGCUGACAAGCCUUCCUUGGUUCUUCUCCCACCCAAGACCCCCCCCCCCAGCUCCCCAGCAGGCAAGGACAUCUCCCCCAUCAGUUUCCUCUGGCCAAGAUCCGUGUUGAUAGAUGGGGCCCAGAAGGAGCAGGGAGGUUGGCUGGUUUGUGCUUCCUCCAGGAAAUGCCCUCUGGAGACACAGCUUGCCCCCAGGGAGCCCCCCUCCCUCCCUUGGAGACAGGAGGGGUUGGGAAGGCCCCAGGAUCUGAGGAACAGGACCCCCUCCCCACGUCCGGGCACCAAUGCAGGGGAGAGGAGCAGAGGCCAGGAGAGAUGGAGACUGCAUCUCACCUCCAGCAAAGGCUGCCCAGUCCUUUAAUGCCCCUGUCUCCACCUGCAGAAUGGGUCUGUCGUCAAACUGUCCCACCCAACGGGGUGUUGUAAGGAUUGCUCAGACAAUAUACCUGCUUUGUUGGGGGGGGCAGGAAGCCAAGCAGUCCCCAAUUGGAUCUGGCAGUGGGAUGGGGCCAAUAUUAGCAGCACAAACCCGUCCUAUUGGCAAAAGAGCCAAGAGGAGCAAGACUUGAGGGGUUGCCAGUCACACCCAUUGGCUGAGGCUGGGGCAGGGGCCUGACUCACGGGGCCAGAAGGGGGGUCUUCUGUAGAGGCUGGAGGGACCCACUGCAAAUGGGGCACUGCUCCGGCCCCCUGACUGGGGCAGCUGUGAAAGCCACACUUAUUCUCGUUUGUGCAUCUUGGUUUCUUAUGGGGGGGGACCCUUGCCGCCUGUCCCAGCAGCAGCAGGAAGGCCCCCUGCUUCUCCCCUCAAGCGCCCGCUUCUUUGCUGAAGGAGCCCACUUCACCUUGACUGCCCUCCCCAAUUUGGAGGGGUCCCUCUGCUUUUCGCUCCAGUCUCCCCGUACAAGGGGGUCCCCACAUACCUCUCUCCACGCCGCUGUUUCAGCGGGACCCCUGCUCUGGGCUUCCACACAGGCAGGCUCCCUGGGCCUGCUGCUGCCCCUUCCUCUGACGCACCCCCCCCCUUGCAGGUGCUGGCAGGGGGGAGGCCCCGCACCAGGCCCCCUAGCGCUGCCCGGGGCGCCUGGGACCACACCCUGCCGCUCAGCCGUGGGGAGCUGGCCUCCCAGCCACGCAGUGGAAGAAGGCUGAGCACAGGGCCGGACAUGCACAGAGCCCCAUGCGCCCCGGGGCCUGAUCCUGACCCAGCACGCCUUGCUGACUGACCAGGCCUGUGAGCCGGUGAACGUGUCCGUUUCCUUCCCCGUCGUCUGUUGUCGCUCACUCCAGGCCGCCAGUAUUUUAAGCCGUUUCUAAGUGCCUUUCGAUUGUAGUUUCUGUUGGAUUUUGCCCCACCCCUCUUGCCUCCAUCACUGUUAGCAUAGUUGACGACAGGAAGAGAUAAGCUACGACCCAGGCCUCUGCGACAAGAGGAUGGCUACUAUGACGGAAAUAAUAAAAGUGGAUCUUGACACUUUG